UAUGGCUAGACAGCCUAGACCUUUGAAAAUGUUCCUCCACGAAGCCAUAACCAUCCAUGGCGUUUCCAGCUGCUCUCAGUCUCAGUACUGCAUCUCUCUCAUCAAUCUCAAGCCAUCCACACUCUCAUCUCCUCCCUUCUCAUCAAAUUAACUGCAGCUUCUUCUCUCCCUCUCCAUGUAUAUACAGUAAUCAUACUAGUCAUUCAAAGCCUUACAGAAGACUAACACCCUGCAGCCAGCACUGUUGUUUUCGUGUUUCGUAUCGAUUCUCUGCUGGUGCCGAAGGCGAGGACGACGACAACGAAGAAGCCGAGGAUGGUAGCUUCGAUGAAGCUGUUGUCCUUUUCAACACAAGGGACUACUACAAGUGCCAUGACUUCCUUGAGUCACUUUGGAACAAUGCUGAGGAACCCACCAGAACUCUUAUUCAUGGCAUUCUACAAUGCGCUGUGGGAUUCCAUCACCUAUUCAACCAGAAUCAUAAAGGAGCCAUGAUGGAGCUGGGAGAGGGACUUUGUAAGCUGAGAAAGAUGAAUUUCAAAAGUGGUCCAUUUUAUCAGUUUGAGCAAGAAAUCUCUGCAGCUCUGGAUUUUAUUUAUCAAACACAGAUAGAGUUAGCUGCCUGUACAGAGGAUCUCUGUGUUACAAUGGAUCAAUCAGAGAGAUCAUACCAACUUCUAGGUGGGUAUGCUGCAGGUCAGCUACUAUAUACCCUGCAAAGUGACCCAAAUGAAACCAUGUAUAUUGUGUUCUCCCCUCACAGGUCUUAUGACAGUGAGCCACCAAAGGUUAAGCUUCCAACCCUCAAUGCAACCGCAGAACAUCUCGUGGCCUGUCAAUAUAAGUGAUUCUUGUUUUGAGACUACCUUUUAGGUUUUUG